AUGGCCAAUGGUUUCCUCCCAUACCACGAACCUGGAACUGUCGAUAUCCUUAUCAUCGUUUCUUUCUUCUUUUUCCUUUCCCUUGCAAGAUGGGUCUCCGCCAAGGUAAUCCAGGCCGGAAUUAUAGGUCAAAUCGCCGUCGGCAUCAUCUACGGCCUACCGUUGGCCAAUAUCCUUCAACAUAACUGGCAAGAGACUUUUGUCACUCUGGGAUAUGUCGGUUUAAUUUUGAUCAUCUUCGAAGGCGGUCUUGGCGCUCGUGUAGAUCUGCUCAAGCAGAACUUCACUUUGAGUAUGGUGGGCGCCGCAACGGGUGUUUUAUUCCCUAUUGGUCUUUCAUACCUUUUGCUCUAUCUUGGUUUUGGAUAUGGUGCGGUUGAGACCUUCAUCAUUGGCGCAUCUCUUUCCGCUACUUCACUAGGGACCACCUUUGCUGUGAUCAGCUCUGCGUCUGGCUCCGUCAAUCUCGCUGAGACUAGAGUAGGGUCAGUUCUGGUGAGCGCUGCGGUCAUCGAUGAUGUUGUAGGACUUGUUAUGUUGAGUGUGAUUGGCGACCUAGGCAAACUUUCAGGGGACGGUGUCAAUCUGGGUUGGCUCAUUGGGCGUCCUAUAGUAGCAUCGAUAGGCAUGGCCAUCGUAACGCCCAUCGUUACCAAAUGGGUGUUUGCACCCUUUUUCCGAAGGUUCAUUGAAUACCGCUUUGCGCGAUUCGACCAUAUCUCGAACAUCAUUCUCAUGACCCUUGUUCUUUCGGCGUUUAUUGCAAUCGCUGGCUUUACUGGUACAUCCGUUUUAUUUGGUGCCUUUCUGGCGGGUGUAUUUCUCACAUACAUACCGAGCAAGCACCCCGAAGGACCAUUUGUUGUCAUGAGCCGCGAGGAAGGCGAACGCGAGGCGGAUAAAAGUCCCACUUUCGUUCACACCUUUGAGAAAUACCUGUUAGGACCUCAGCAAUACUUGAUGGAACCUUUGUUCUUCGCAAGUAUCGGAUUCGCGAUUCCGUUCUUGAAGCUGUGGACCGGGAAACGAAUUUGGAGAGGGGUCGUUUACACCCUCUUGAUGGCGUUUGCAAAGUGUAUCGUCGGAAUCUGGAUCCCCAUAUGGCAACUCGUUCGCGGGAGUAAAUCUCAUAAAAGAACGUCAGAUGAAGACAGGGAAAGACAGGGAAUACAAAAAGACGAGAACAACAACACAAGCCACGAAGCACAAAACGACCAUGAGAAUGGGAAGAAAUGGAACCGGGCCUGGCUCGCCGCAACACUUUUAGGAUCUGCCAUGGUAGCACGCGGUGAGAUUGGGCUUUUGAUAAUCGAAAUCGGCCACAACGAAACUCCAUACGUUAGUGAUGAGGGUUUGAUCACUGGCGUCUGGGCAAUCCUUCUGAAUACCAUCAUUGGUCCAGUUACCGUUGGUCUCCUAGUUCGAUUCUACGCGCAAGAGAUCGAGGGGGGCGAAUGGGGGGUGCAGGAUAAUCCUCUGCCUAUCUCGAGUCAUGGUGCUGUAUAG